CUUUUCUUUUUUUUUACUUAGAAAAAAAAAGCCUCCCUAUUAGGUUUCUUUUUUUUUAAACACACAAAGCUCAUUUAUACAAAAAAAAAAAAUCUUUUUUACCUAAAAACCCACAAAAAAAAAAGUCUUUAUUUCUAUACCCACCUAUACUCAUUUUUUUUUGUAACUAAAUGUUUGAAAAAAGUGAAAAAUUCCCUGAAGGAUGGUUCUUCAUCAAGAACAACAGCAACGGUUAUGUUUUAAUGGUUGAUAACGAAUCCCAGGAAGCCGGUAGCCCUGUUGUACUCGCUACUUUGCGUACAAAGGACUAUAAUUCUCAACUUUGGCGACAUGAUCCCAAAGGUUAUCUUGUCAAUAAAAAAUCAGGUCAAGUGAUGGAUAUCGCAAAGGGCACACCAAAGGCAGGCGUCGAUAUUGUGCAACGCGUUCAAUCCACCGAUGUCAAGGAAGACGUAAACUAUCAAACUUUUGGUCUCUCCCCUUACGGUCAUGUAUACUUAGUCAAUAAGCCCACACUCAUUCUCGGCAUCAAGGAGUCUUUCUUUGCUCGUCGUGAAGGACUUCAUGUUCACCUCCAACUUGUCGAUAAACGUCACCUUGACCGUAAGGAGCAACGUUGGGAUUUCGUACUCCCUAUUGUCAAGGAAAGAGCUGUCGAAAGAAGCCCUAGUUCUAGUACUAUCAAAAGCGUUACCCCUAGUGUCAAGGUUCCUGCUGUUACUCAAAUCAAGGAAGAUGAUGCCCGUUCUAUUCGCUCUACCGCUGACUCUUGCACUAGUCUGGACCAUGACGACGCCAACGCUGUUCCUUGUGGUUCCUUCCCCGAGACCCCCUUCUUUUUAAAGUCGGAUGCCUCUGGGCUCUACAUCAGUGUCGAAGUCGCCACUUCCAUGACUUCUGGUACCCAACUUACAAUCGAUGCUCUUCGUAAAAGAGCCUAUGACAGUCAACUCUGGACUUACGAACAUGCCACUCAUCAUAUCGUCAAUAAGAAUUCUGGGUUGAUUCUCGGUAUCGAAUCAAACUCCAUUAAGGAUGGUGCAGAUAUUAUCCAAUCCACUCCAUCAAAUGAAAAAUCCCAAACCUGGAUCUUGUCUCCUGAGGGAGAGCUUACUUUGAAAAGUGAUACGAGCUACGUGAUUGGUUUCAAAGAAAGUUGGUUCGGUAGCCGUGAAGGUGCUCAUCUCCAUCUUCAAAAGAGAAAGCAAGGUCACGGACAUCAAAAGUUCACUGUCGUCUUGCCCAUCUUCAAGAAGUCUGAAACCGUAAAGACUGAAUCAAGAGGCGUAUUCCCUAAUGGUUGGUUCUUUGUAAAGUCUCAAGCUAGAGGUCUCGUGCUUACCGUCACAGAGUCUGGUGUUAUUGCUGCCGAAGUAGCUGCUCAAAAAUUGGAUACUUCAAACUACUCCCGUCAACUCUGGAAGUACAGUGAAGGUUAUAUCAUUAACAAGGCUUCUGAUAUGGUUCUUGAUAUCCGUGGUGGUUCCAUCACUAGCGGUGCAGGUAUCUGUCAAUAUAAGCAAAAGAGCCACGAAAACCAAAAUCAACAAUGGGCUUUAUCCCCCGAGGGUAUCAUUUUCCCUCAAGCCAACAAGAACCUUGUCUUGACUGUCAAGGAAAACGAAACUGUUCGUUCUUCCUUGUAUUUGAGCGAAAGACGUUCUGCUGGUCACAAGGAGCAAUGCUGGAAUUUCGUGUUACCUGUUUUCAAGAAAAAGACAACUACUGUCACUAAAAUCAACACAUUCCGAUAUGCCACCUAUCCUUCUGGUUGGUUCUUUGUACGUUCUUAUGUCUAUGGUUCAACCACCGAAUCUCCUUUGGUCUUAACUGCUCGCGAUAAAUCUGUUGAAUUGAAAUCCCUUGAUCGUCAAAACUGGCAAUAUCAACUUUGGUCAUACUCUUCUGGAAAAUUGGUCAAUUAUGCCACUGAUUUAUCUAUCGAUGUUAGCUCCUUUGCCGCUGGCGCUGACUUGAUCCAAUCCAACUCAACCAAUCAAAAGUGGUACAUGACUGUGGACGGUUAUCUUAUCUAUGGAUCCUCUGAUUCUAAACUUUCUCUUGCCGUUGAAAUCCAAGAAAAGAACAAAUACAGACUCACACUUUCUAGCCACAAGUAUUCUGAAGAAUUACGUUGGGGUUUCUUGAUUCCCAAGUUCGGUUACCGUUACGGUUCCCAGGUUCUUUCCCAAUGGUCUAUUUCAAUCCUUAGAGAAUGGCGUAGCACCACCACAACCACUAAAAAAAUCAAUCGUCACCCUGUUGCUCAAUGGCCUCAAGGUGAAUUCUACAUUGGUGGUCCUGAUGGCCUUGCCUUAGCUCCUGAAAAAUCAGAGGCAGGUUCUGAACUCGUCAUGAAGAAGCUUCAAGUUGAUCUUAGCAGUUUGUUCAAGUGGACUUAUAAAAAUGGAUAUCUCGUGCAUUGUGCUACUGGUCUGGUUAUGCGUGCUCAAGAUAAAUUUACAGAGGGCGCUAAACUUCAAUUGAGCUCGGAAGCUGCUGGUGAUAUUUAUCAAUCCUGGACUAUGAGAACUGAUGGUUCCAUCAUGUCUAAGAGAGAUGAGCAAUACGGUCUUAACCUUGUUCAAGUGAAUGGUGUUUGGACUAUCAGAAUUACAACCACCACUUACUAUUCUUGGAGAGUUCUCUAUGGAAGAUACGAGACACGUUACUCUGAACAAGAAAAGAAGGAUGUUUCUUACCUUACAAGUUUCCAAAGAAUUGUUUUAUCUAUCUGGACUUAUCAAAAAAGUGCUGAAGUUGAACGUAAAUUGGUCACUCAUUCAUACGGUGUUUUCCCCAAGGGAUGGAUCUUUAUUCGUUCCAAGUGCGACGAUAGCCUUAUUGUUACUGUUUCUGACAAAAAGAAGGGAGCUAAAUUGAUUUUGGCUAAAUUAGACUUCAAGAGUUACAGACGUCAAUUAUGGAGAUACCGUAGCGAUGGUUGUUUAGUCAAUUUCGAAACUGAUUAUGUGAUCGAUGUUGCUGGUGGUAAGCUUUUAUCCAACUCAAACAUCAUUCAAUGGAGUCCCAAAUUCUUGCGUGCAAGUCGUAAAAACCAAAUGUGGGGUCUUUCCAUCGAUGGCCAUCUUCAUCCUCAAUCCAAUUCUAACUUGGUCCUUGGGUCCUUAACUGAUGCUAAGGAAGGUGCCGAAUUAAAAUUGGUAAAGCGUGGUGAUUUGUCACUUGAUUAUCAACAAUGGACUUUUGCCUCUCCUAUUUUCAAGAAUUGCACCCAUACUACCCACGCUGCUCAACAAGCUAAUAAGGAUAGUCUCGUUUUAGAAAAGGUCGGAAGUGCAUACUCGUUAGAACAAUCCAGCUCAGAGCGUUACGAACGUGUCACAAAAACGAUCAUCACUCGUCGUUGGGGUGUUUUCCCUGAAGGCGGAUUUUUCAUUCGCUCUACCCACAACGGUAAAAAUUUGGCAUUGACUGUCGAAAAGACCGAAUCUUCAGGCUAUAGAAUCGUUAUCCGUACAUUGAACUUUAGUGCUUACAGAUGGCAACUUUGGACCUACAAGGAUGGUUACUUGUAUAACGAAGAGACCGGUUUGGUUCUUGAUGCUCAAUCAUCUCAAGAUAUUCCUGUUGAAGGAGAGCAAUCCGAAGUUUACCUUAAAGAAAAGGCAUUCAAUGAAGGUCAAUUCUGGGACCUUGGUGUGGAUGGUGAAAUCCACUUGAGAUCCAAUGCUAGAUUGGCUAUUGGUGUUGCAAAUUCUGAUGAAGCAUCUGUCGAAGGUGCCAAGGUAGGUAUCAAUAAAAUUCGUAUCAUUCGUACUAACGUAGAUGGAAAGCAAGUCUCCACACUCAAAUCCGAACAAUGGUUACGUUGGUCUUUCUCUAAGCCCGUAUUUGGAAAGCGCGUUGGUGGUUCCACCGAGGGUGAAUUGGAAAUUGAAAAGUGUGAAGAUGAGAAGGUUACUGUUAAGGAAGCCGAGGAAGAGUUAGACGAAGAGGAGGAGCAAGAGGAGGAGGCUGAAGCAGAGGCCGAAGCUGCCGCAGAGGCUGCAGAGGAGGAUGAGUUCGAGAUCCAAACUCCUAUUCAAACACCUUCAUCAUCUACCUCCACAUCUUCUAAUGCUGCUGGUGUCGCCAUCGUUACUGCUGGCGCCGUUGUUUCUGUGGCCUCAGGUGCUGCUGCUGCUAUCAAUGUAGUUACAGAAAAUCCCAAGACCGAGGAAAAGACCCACGUUGCUACUAUUACUACCGUCGAUUCUUCUGUUAAGACUGACCUUGCUGCCACUGUUGAAGCUCCUGUCAAGGCUGAAGCUCCUGUCAAGGUUGAAUCUCCUAUUAAGAUCGAAGCUCCUGUCAAGAUCGAAGCUCCUGUUAAGACUGAAACUCCUGCUACAGUUGAACCUGCUGUUUUGAAGAAGUCUGAUUCAUCGAGAUCUAACCGCCUGCACCGUAAAGACUCUUUCCAAUUGGACGAAAAUUAUAUUCCUACUGGUUUUGAAAAGAUUGUACGUUACAAAACACACCAUAACGGCCUUCCCUCAGGAUAUUUCUUCAUCAAAAGUUCUUUGCAUGGUUAUGUUUUAGAUGUUGUUGGUGAUAUUAAGGAACACAGUUUUGCUGUAUUGACACGUAUGAAGUCAACCGAUUAUGCUAGUCAACUUUGGACAUAUCAGAAUGGCUUCUUAGUUAAUCUUAAGGGCCGUACUUUAGUUUUGGAUGCUGCUACUGAUGCUCUUACUGCCGGUGAGCGUCUUCAUCUUUCUACUCGUCAUGCCAAGAAUGAAAAUGCCGAAGACCAAAUUUGGGAAUAUGCACCUGAAAAGUGUAUCCAUCUCAAGGCUAAGCGUUCUCUUGUGUUGUCUCUCAAGGAAACUAAGCGUUCCGAUAAGUAUGUUCAAAUCGAUGUUUACGUUCAAGAAUCCAAGUCUCUUGUUAAGAAGGAAGCUCGACCUGAGCAACAUUGGGAAAUUUUGGUACCUGCUUUGAUUCCUAUCAGCCAAGGUGAAUCAGGUGUCAAAAUCAUUGAAUCCGGAAAGGUCGAAAAGGUUACUAGCUCUGCUUCAGCUGUUAUUUCUUACAAGUGGCUCAAGGAAACCUAUUGCCAUAAGGUCACAUCCCAAAACCAAUGGCCCGGUACUGAAGGUUGGUUCUUCAUUCGCUUCGGUGUGGAGAAAUACUUCUUAGGCUCCGGCGAAACUGCUCAAAGUCAAGUCGGUCUUUACAAACUCUCUGACGAGAUUGAUUACAGAAGAUUCUUAUGGACUUAUGUUGAUGGCUACUUAAUUAACUAUAGAUACAUGCUUCGUCUUAUUUUAAGUACUUCUCAUCAAUGGGUUUUGUCCAACUCUCAUAGCACUCUCAACCAAAAGUUUUAUAUCUCUGCUAAUGGAUCUGUCUCUGUUCGCAUUUCCAAGACUAUUUACUAUAUUCGUUUUAUUCGCACAACUUCUGGUUCUUACAAACUUGGUAUCACUUCCGAUAGUACAUCUAGUGAAGCUCAAGGAUUGGAGCUCCAUAUUCCCGUCAUCUCUGACGCUGAAUAUCAGAAGAAUUCAGUUUUAGCUAUUGCUUCUGCUAACGCAUGGAUCUAUAAGCAAAAAUCAGACUGGAGCAUUUUAACAAGUAACACAACUCAAAGAGGUAUCUUCCCUGUCUCUACUUGGUUCUUUGUUAAGGUCAGCGGAUCCUCUGACGAAUUGGUUCUCGCUGUACAAGAAAACAGCUCUCAACUUGUUUUGAAGAAGUUGAACUUUAAGGCUUUCAAGAGUCAGUUGUGGACAUACAAUGAUGGUCUUUUGAUCAAUUAUGGCAACAAAUCUGUGAUCGAUAUUCAAGGCAACAUCGAAUUAUCUUCCAAGGUCAUUCACUCAACUGAAGCUGGUGUUAGUAGCCAAAAGUGGAUUUUAACAGCCGACCAAUACAUCGAACUCGAUAGCCACGAUUAUUAUGUUCUUGGUUCUUCUGAUAUUAAAGAUAAUGCUGCUGUUUUACUUGGUACAUCUAAUGCUACAAACUCUGUUAAGACAAUCCAAUGGAAGUUCUCUGUUCCUGUAUUUGGUAAGGGCACAACUAAAUUAUCAACCGCAUACAACAUCACCAAAGCCAUUGAGAAUGGUGUUGCUAUCGAAAGUACCCAAGAAGUUCCUUCUGUAAAGAAAUCAGCUUUGACUCUCACACGUACAAACAAUAAGAGUUCUUACAUCAUUUAUCGCGAGAUCCGCUUAAUUAUCAGCUGGUGGAGAAUUAUCUUUAUUCGACGUAUCUCUAUGUGCCGUACCCAAGAAGAAUAUCUUGAUGUUCUCGAGGAAUACCGCCAAGUUUUAUAUGGCCGUUUUAUCCAAUAUAUCAGUGUAUAUGGCGCCACUAUUAGUAGAGAAGAACGCCGUGCCCUUGAACAAUCUAUUGAGGAAGCCAAGUCUACUCUCGAAAAAGAAAUUUUCAACAAAUCAACUACUUACCUUAAGACCUUAAAGUCCGACCAAGUCGUUGAUGCAGAUAAAUUCGAUAUCGUUGCUGUUGUCACCAAGUCUUGCACUGAUUUGGAUAAGAAGUACGAAUCUGUCGUCGCUAAAUAUGAGAAGGAUAAUGCCGCUAAGAAGGAGAGUGCAUCUAACAAUGUUGUAACGGAAAAGAAAUCUCAAUUGCAAGUGGACAGUGUUCUUACUACAGUCAGCACAAUCCAGGUUACAAUCCGUUAUUGGUAUAGAAUCCUUUACAUUCGUAUCACUGAGGCAUCUAAGAAUGGUGCUAAGCCCGAAGAAAUUCAAAAGUUAAUCAAGGAUUCUCAUCAAGAAGUACAAAAUGAAUUAAAGAAGUUGAGCCAAUCCACAACUACUACCGUCAACAAUUGUACUACCCUCAACGAAGCCGAUAAGAAGUCAUUGGAACAAACCGUCACUGCUGUUAUCGAAAAGUCUAACACCGAAUUAAACCACUUCGUAUCCAAGGUAGAGAAAUCUUCAGAUGUUGCUUCCGUCGAAAACUGGAAGAAGUUGACAAACGAGGUUGAUCACAACUUGAAUGUUAAAUUCAAUGAGUGUAAAAAGAUUAUUCAUAAGUGCGAUACUGUUACCAAGCCUGAGCUUGAGAAUGAACAAGUUACUCAAGAAGAUGUUGAAGAUUCUACUAUUGAAAUUGUUACUACUUUGGCUGAAUCUAAAGCAUACGUUGUAUCUUGGUUUACAAAUGUUUACAAGGACCUCUCUUGGUCUAUUGAUCAUCAAUCUGUUUCAAAUAACUCCCAAAAAGAUACCCUUACUAUUAUUGACGCCGCUGAACUUGAUAUUAUCUCCAAGAUUGAUGAGUCUACAGCUUUAAUCAGUGUACUGUCUGCCAACCUUACUUAUCUUACCUGGGCUGAGCGUCGUAGCUUGAUCACUUACUACAUUACCAUGAAGGGCUAUAUCGUAGCCAACAUCAAGCAAUUCAGACAAUCCCUUACUGAGUCCACUGAUAAGGAUACUAUUCUCAAGAUCUGUCAUUCCACCUUCGGUACCGACGGUCAAGAAGAUAUUGUCAAACACAUUGAUGAAAUUUUAGAAAAUGUCACAACAAAGGGCACAACUUCUACCUCAACAAUUGUUGUUGAAAACGAAAAGGGCACAACUACUGUUGUUGACGUUGAAGAAUCAGUUGGUGUUAUUGAAGAAAAGAAGAAUGUUUCGGUUAUUGAUGAGACCAACCAAUCCAGAGUUACUGUCACUAAGGAUUUAGUCCCUUCAAAGGAUAUCAAAAUCAUUGAAAAGGAUUCCCAAUCAGUAACCAUUGGUGUAAUCGAUAAUUCUGAGACCACAUCUCCUCACAUUGAUGUUGUUACCAAUGUCUCUGAUACAAUUACCGUUGGUGCUAUCGAUGUCCAUGAAGCAACCACUGUUGAAACUGUCAUCAAGAACCAAGAUUCUGUUACGGUCGGUUCCGCUGUUGUUGAUAAAAUUACACCUGUUGACACUGAGAAGACAACCUCUACAAACACCGAUGUCAUUACCAAGGAGUCAGAAUCCGAAAACACCGAUAUUGUUGAAGAUAACAAAAACAAGCUUGUCACCAAGGACACUACCGUCAUUGUGACUAAACCAGUCACCAAGGAGACUACUGUGAUUGCUUCUAAGCCUGUUGAAGGUGUAACCGUUGUCGAAGAAGUUAAGAAGCACGCUGAUGUUAUUGUUGUUGAGGACAUCAAGAAGCAAACUGAUGUUGUUGUCGAAGAGAAGCUCUCUA